UUUAUGAGAAAGCCGGGGUCCUCCUGUGCAAAGCUAAUUGGUGCUUAGCCAAUGGGCUCCGGGCAUUACUGGGCUUAUCAGACACAGAAAAGAGGGUUGCCUGUACCUGCGGAACUUCAGAAAAUGCUCACGUCUUGUCCUAGCAGGACACAUCUGUGGCCAUCAAAGAGCAACCAGAGUUUAAAGAUGAAGUAUCUUCCCCAAUUCCCUUCCAUCUUGGCCAUCUAUUGCUUCUGCCUGCUACAGCAUCCCUCCUCAGGAUAUACUCAACCUUUAGAUGAUUCUCCAGAUGGCGUGGAUAUUGUGCAGCUGGAGCGACUGGCAUAUUGGGCAACUCUUUCUAGUCAACCUAAGGAUAAUCGAGACAUAUACAAAAGGUUUCUAUUUGACUACUCCAGAACUCGGGAGCCAACACAGCCAGUUAACACUGGGUUUCCUCCGGUGCGCCCUUUAAUGCGGCUGGCCGCCAAGCUCGCCAAUGGAAAGAUGAAGAGAUUUCUACAGCGCGAUCCGGGGGCUGUGGCACUUGACUUUACCAAGAAGGUAUGUGAGCCUUGUGGAGAACACAACCUCCCAAGAAAGAUCUGCGAGAGGACAGGAUCACGCUGCUACCCGGGGACGACCAUUUUUUCUUUUCAGGCCAAGGAAUGGAAGAAACACUGAACACCCAGUAGGAUAGACCAAGGUCAGCCCAUUACAGCUUUUUACCUCCAAGGAAAUGUUAUGAGUCUGACAGGGGGUAGUGAGAGGCAGCCAGAGGGGUGAUAGUUCAA